AAUGCAUAAUUAAGGAAAACGACAAGAUAAGAUAGCAUUUUAUUACGAAACUGGUUUGAAGCGCAGAUAACAAACCUCAUAAAUGAGAUCCCGUCGACAACAUUAUUAAAAGAAGCUGAGAUUGCAUCGUGUCGAAAACAAGCUAUUGCAUUGUGCACAUCACUCUGGACCAUAAAGUUGAAAGACAUUCCUUCGGGAAAGAAUAUAUUUUGGAGGUGAAUAAAUCGCAAAUGUAGUCAUAAAUAAGAAGUAUUCUUGACACCCAGGUUUUCACACUCUGAUUGCGUAAGCUCAGUUUAGUCAACAAUGGCGUCCAAUGGGACCAACAUUGCAAGCGAAAAAGAAAGUGUGACAUUACUACACAUAAUAAUGAUAAUUCUUUCAUUCAUAAUAAUCGUUGUUAAUGUGCCAGUUGUGUUGUUGUACCUGAAAAUUUCAUCAUUACGUCACAGUGCUGGGAACACUUUUCUUGUUGGACUGGCAGUGGCAGAUAUAUUAUGCGCAUGCGUGAUGGUACCAACUGCGAUCACAUGUACCAUGAGAGUAUUGAGUGAUCCUGCCCAUCGUUACGUGUGUCUAUUUUUCUAUGUGAGUAAUUUUACCAUUACUCUUGCGACAAUUUAUCACAUUGUUGCUGCCACCGCUGCAAAGUAUUUUGCGAUAGUAUAUCCAAUGCGGAACAUAACAGCUUGCACUAAAUUUCGAGUGAACUUUAUCAUCGCCUUCAUUUGGGUCGGCUCGUUCCUCGUUGGACAUAUCCCCUUCUACUAUGCGAACAUGUCAGAUGAUGACGUGGUAAUAAUACAUGAAAGACACUCUAUAUUCAUGUUCGUUUGUGCCUUUGCAAUCCCCACAUUUAUCCUGACGUGUGUUCACGUGCAUAUUUUUAUGCGGUUAUGCCUCAGCUCACGCCCUAAGGCAUUGGUAACCGAGGUCAGAAAUACCCGGUCGGAGAAUAAUUGCCGUAUUGCAGUGCUGUUUUUCUUGCUGUUCUUAUUCUUCAUAAUUUCCUGGUUGCCAUGGUAUCUGCUUUUAAACAACUUUAUCGACCCCCCUGAGGUUGUGGCUGAUAUCCUGACUUCACUCCGAUUCCUAGCCCCAGUCUUAAACCCGCUUAUGUUCACGUUUGCAAAGCGCGAUUUUCGUAAGGCAGCUGUAUCACUAGUCAGCAGACUUCGCAGCAAACAACGAGUCUUCUCCAGCAGACGUUCUUAUCAUACCCAGGCCACGAGCUCGGUCGAUCGUACGAAUUUUAUUGAGCAGCAAAAUUUGGAGAGGACAACGAAAAUGGAAGUGGAAAAGGAGACAAUUGCAAAUAAUGAACAGGCGGAGAAAUAAAUCAUUUACUCUGCCCCCUUUCAUUUUCCGGGAUUUCGUCACAAUGUGAAGCUUAAAUUUAUCGUAAAAAAUGUUAGCAAGUGAAGAUUUAAUCUAAGAAUUUCCCACUUGCAAAUUUUUUGCGUGAAGCGACAAUUUUCUCCUGUUUUAGAGCUUCUAUCUGCAACCAUCUGUAAAUUUAGUAAAUUGCCCGAAGACGAAGACAGAUAAUAAAAUCGCGUAACACGAAAAAACACUGGGAAACAGACUUUAGUAAACUUUCUUGCAUAAUACAUAAACACAAAGACGUGUCGGUUCAUGCUAAAGGAAAGCAUAAAAAAUAUCGAAAAUUUGACAGAAGAACUGUUGUCAAUAAACAGUGAAUAUUGGUUUCCUUUACUUCCUUAGUAUAAUAAAUGGUCAUAUUGUAAAACCGUAGCAUGUGACUGCUAGAGUUAUGAAGCAGAAUCUCUACCAAUAACAGCCGAAGAAACUGGUUGAAAGAAACAUUAUAUUAUAUAAUUAUUAGUAUAGGAAUUACCAUAACAUGGACAAUAUAAUAGCUAUUUACAAUACU